UCUCCUAUGUCUUGAUUGGCCGUCUUGGCCCAAAUCCUCUUGAAUGAUUUCAAACCCAAGUGUUUGGACAAGAAGAAGAAGAAGAAGAAGAAGAAGGAGGAGGAAGAGGAGGGGGGCGCGCGCUGCUAAUUCCGCUGUGGCUCUGGUGGAAGGUUCAGUCCUCCAACUCAACCACCCCAGUAAAGAGGCUUAUCUGAGGGUGAAACACACCGACUGCCGGUAGAAAACACACAGUUGUAGGCUGUUCGGGGGCUCGUGUUUACGGGUCUGCGUUGUGGCGGAAAGUGGGCUCGUGUUUGAUUCGCGUUCCAGUGUUUUCCAUCAUUUCCACGGAGCGAUGAUCAGCGACGGCGGCGCACACUGCCACGGGACCCGGACUGUUGUGUUGACAGGACCCGGAGACUGGAACCAGGACCUGACCGGAGACCGACGGUAAUCAUGUGCUUUCGUUAUUAACGGAAUGUGAGUAUCGACUGUAACCGUGAUUCAUAAAGGAUUUAUGUUGAACAGAUUAGUCAGGGCAUCCAGUUCACGCGCGGGUUCCCACAGUUGUUUAUUAACAUCGGCCUGUUGAGAAAGAGCAUCACCAUACUGUCAGCUUUUGGACCAUGUAUACGCAUUUUAACACUAUUCCACAACUGAGGCUGGGGUAAAUGACUGUAGACAGUUAAUUUAAAGCUGCCGUUUCAACGAACUGAGAAAUAGUCAUGGCGAAAAAUCCAUCCGAGGGACCGAGGGAUGACCUGAGCCAGCUGACCGACGAGGAGCUGCUCCGGUUCAGCAAAGAGGAGCUGCUCCGGAGAUUAAGGAGGGUGGACGGCGAGAAAAUGAACCUGAUGAUCGAGCACGGCAACAUGAUGAAAGACAUUAACCGGCGGCUGCAGGUGCACCUGCACGAGAUCCGGAGUCUGAAGGAGAUCAACCAAAAGCUGCAGGAUGACAACCACGAGCUCCGAGAGCUCUGCUGCUUCCUGGAUGAUGACCGACAGAAAGGCAAGAAACUGUCCAGAGAGUGGCAGAGGUUUGGCCGAUACACAGCCAGCGCCAUGUGGAAGGAGGUGGGCACCUACAUGAUGAAGCUGAAGGAGCUGGAGGCCAACCAGGACACCGUCCUGAGGGAGAACUCUGAGCUGAAGGAGAUCAUCCUCAUGCUGGAUGAGGAGAGGAACGGAGCAGGGUCCAGGAGCUCCAUAGACAGUCAGUCCAGCCUGACCAACCUGAACGGAGGGACUGGGACGGUCAGGGAUGUUGGGGAUGGGAGUAGCACAUCCAGCACAGGAAGUGCCGGUAGUCCAGACCACCACAACCACAACCACAUACACAAGCCCCCCUCAGAGAACAGUAAGAUGGGGUCCACCAUGAGGAGGUCCAUGGAUGACCUGUCAGCGCCUCAUCAUCACAGAAGCAUCCCCAAUGGACUUAAUGAUUCCUCCUCCAACUACAUCAGGCAGCUGGAGACUAAAGUGCGGAUCCUGGAGGACGAUAACAACAAGCUCCUGUCGCAGGCUUAUAGCCGGUAUAGCUUAUCACAGAUACACACCAGAAAGCAAUGCAACCCAGGUGACCUUCGUGCCCUGAGGAAGGGAAUGACCCUGUACCACUCGGAGUCCCAGCUGUCUUCUCUGCCCCAACGCCAGGACGCCAUGCACAUGGGUACGGGCCGUCUCCCAACAAGCGAGUCCUCUCCCGCCACAGGCUACCUAUCCUGUGCCCAGAAGCCUGAGGCUGUAGUGCACGCUAUGAAGGUGCUGGAGGUUCAUGAGAACUUGGACAAGCAGGUUCCUGAGGACUAUGAGGAUGAUCUCAGUGAGAAAGAGAAGGCCAUUGUGAGAGAGAUGUGCAACGUGGUGUGGAGAAAGCUGGGUGAUGCAGCAGGAUCAAAGCUGUCCGUCAGACAGCACCUCUCUGGGAACCAGUUCAAAGGCCCGCUGUAGCAUGGCAACCGCUGAGAGACAGCGAGAGAGAGAGGGAGAGGGAGAGAGAGAGAGAGAUCAGGAUCUAGUACAGUGCACACCUGAAACCACCUCUUACUACCUGCGCCUACACCACCCAUCAUGCCACGCUCCUUACUGCCUACAACACCCAGCAUUCCUUCAGCAAACACUAUCCUAAGACUGGUUAAGAUAGUAAACAACAGAAGCUACAAAAAUGGACUUUUUUAGUCUGUUAUACACCGACGUACAACUUUCCGUGUACAACAUAUUUUUAUCUCAGAGCUUGUGAAGCGUUAACAACAGGCAGCUAGUUUCACCAGUUCACCACCUUUUUUCUUUAUUGAUUUGGAUGCUACACGAUGAUCUCUCUCUGUCAUCAAUCUGCUGGAUAGUCUAGGCUCCAAUAACCAGCAUAAACACACCCCACUCGCCGUCCUUUUAGAGCAUAGCCGUGCUACAUCGAGCUAGUGAUACGACAUGGUUUCAAGCACAGAACUGAUCAAACCGCAGGGGCAGAAACCUCUUCAUAUGUUGCUGGGAUGUGAGGCAUCAUUGUGGCAGAAUCUUCUGAUAUCUUGUUAUAAUAUCUCCUAUAGAGACCUUAGCUCCUGUCACAUGUAUCGCCCUCUAGUGCUCAACGAGUAUAACUUAGCAUUAGCAAUCUAAAGUGUUAAGUGAAACCCACUGUGACCUAGCACCUUUUGCUCAUAAGACAAGUCUAUGGAUAAUAAAGUCUAGAGAUCACUGUUAACUUGUGUAUAUUAUGUAUAAAACCAUAGCACUACUUCAUUGUUAUUGUUGAUUUUACUGAUCUGUUUUAUAUUCUAGCGUGGCCAUGUGAUCAACUCUUUAGUUUGGAAAAGCACACACAACCAGACCUUAAGCAGGGUUUGUUUUUGGUAAUAAACUUCUUCAAUACUUUUUUUUUUUAAAUUCUUUUACCAGAUGAAUUGCUAUUAUUCCGUCUUUCUGUAACCUCUGAAAAAGUAUCAAGGCCAUCUUGAAUCAAACCAUCUCAAUGAAUUAACUAAUAGAUGACUUUCUUACGUUAAAUUGUGAAAUUAACUAAAAUUGUAUGCUGUGUGCAUGCUUGACAAUCAUUUUCUCAGGUUGGGAGGGCUACAGCUUUACCUUUGCCCAUCUUGUGAGUGUGUGUGUGUGUGUGUGUGUGUGUGUGUGUGUGUAAGCAGACUGAAUGGUUCUCUUGCAGCUGUAGUAUCUGCCUGUGAAUCCUCUAUUGAACCCUGGUUGCAACACAGCUGAAAUCUGCUGAAGACAUUUGCUGAAUCCAUACAAAAUCUGGUCUAGCAUUUUCCACAUGACGUGAUUUAAAUAUUACGGCUAAAUACUAAAGCAUAUAAAUAAUUUCUAUUUUAUAUCCAAUUAAAUAAAGCUCAGUCCUUUUCCAUUGUCACAAAUUCAGCAGGUGUGUUUACGCAGCGCAUGUUUCUUAAAAGUUUUAUCUUUUUUUUUUUUUUUUUUUUUUUCUGUAGAAUGUGAGAUAAGUCUUCACCUAGAUGUCUCCUGAAAACAUUUAACAUGAGUAUUUCUUGAUGUCAGAAUGAACAAAAUACUGUUUGUCAAAGUAUUUAUUGCCAGGUGUCAGAUAGAGAUGGGAGCGCCAUCAGUUACUAAACAAUCAUAUGUUACUCAGAUUCACUCCGUCUUGUACAGUUAUCUGAUCGAUCUGUUUGGUGGCUGACAUCUCUGGCUCUCCCAUCUCUAAAUUUUAUUUGUUCCAAAUUAGAACAUUUCCGAGGAUGCCCACCAUGCACCUCUGCUCUCUCAAAUAACGAGUCAAAAUAAUAAAUCCAAGUAUGAUUUAUUAAAGUGUCCUUUUUUCUAGGAACUGAUUUGAAGCCAUGAUACAAUUUUGAAUACUUUAUAAAUGGCAUUUGAUUUGAGACGUGCCACUUUUUUUUUCUGCAUGGUGUUUUGAUUUGGAACCUAACUGUUUUUAUUAUCUAUAGGAUUUCUUUUUUUCUGCCUAUGUGCUAAAUUGCAGUACAGAAUCCUAGAAUCUACAGUGUAAAUGUCAAUUCCUGUAGUAACUAGCAUGACUGUAACUACUUUUCACUUAGGAGAUGAAUAUUGGCAGGUAAAAAGAAAAUAUUAAAUAGGCCACUUUUAGAAAAACAUUGGGAGAAAAUAAACAAAACUUGGUUAA